AUGGAGCCCGAGAGAUGCAGCCUGGGUCUCCUCAGAGCCACCGUCUUCCUCCUGUCCUUGCUUGGGCCAGGUGCCUCAGCGCUCAAGUGCUACAGCUGCGUGCAGAAAGCCGAUGACGGAUGCUCCUCCGGGAAGAUGAAGGUGGUCACCUGCCCGGCAGGCCAAGUGGUCUGCACAGAGACGGUGGGGGCCGUGGAGACCAUUCACGGCCAGUUCUCCUUGGCCAUAAGAGGCUGUGGAUUGGGCCUUUCCGGAAAGAAUGACCGAGGGCUGGACUUGCACGGGGUCCUGGCCUUCGUCCAGCUCCAGCAGUGUGAUAAGGACUUGUGCAACGCCCAGCUCAACCUUACCUCUCAUCCCCUGAACCCCAGCGGGAAUGAGAGCGCCCACCAGCCCAAUGGCGUCCAGUGCUACAGCUGCGUGGGGCUGAGCCGGGAGGCGUGCACGGGGACCAAGCCGCCCGUGGCCCAGUGCUACAACGCAGGCGACCAGAUCCACAAGGGCUGCUUCGAUGGCAACGUCACCCUGAGUGCCGCCAACGUGACAGUGUCCUUACCCGUCCGAGGCUGCGUCCAGGAUGAGGAGUGUACUAGAGACGGGGUGAUGGGCCCAGGCUUCUCCCUCAGUGGCUCCUGCUGCAGCGGGACUCGAUGCAAUUCGGACCUCCGGAACAAGACCUACUUUGCCCCUGGCAUCCCGCCCCUCGUGGUGCUGCCCGUGCCACGGCCCACAGCUACCUCCCGCCAAAACUCCACAGUGACAAAGACCCCAGCAUCCACCCGAGUUUCAUCUCCGAGCCCCUCAGCCUCCUCAAGCCCAGCCCCAUCCACCACCCUCCAGGCCCCAGCCAGGGAAUCAACUUCCCACUCUGAGAGAUCUGUGGAGACCUUCGGAGAGGAGGGAGGCCACAUUGGCCACAGCGAUCGAAGCAAUGUAGGGCAGCUCCCCCCUAAGGGAGGUUCCCAAUACCCAGGUAAUACGGGUGCCAGGGCCCUGGGCACUCCACUGGUGCUGUUCGUGGCAGCUAUUUUGGCUAGGACCCUCCUGUGAUCCCCUUCCUCCCCCUCCGAUCCUUCUCCCCUUGUGGUCCUGGGACACCUUUCCCUAAACGCAAAUCCCCUUCUGUUCCCUGGGCUGGGCUGGUCCCACCCCAAGCCACAAUCUCUCCUUGUCCCGCCUCACCAGGUUGAGCAGGUCUCAUCAG